GAAUCAGACUUGGCCCACGGACAUUUGAUAUAAAUGCCCGCCCCCCUCUGCGCGACUACGAUCGUGUUCCCUCUUACUAUUCAGCCCCACGUCAUCUCUGCCAAAACAAUCUUACACGCCAUUCCCUCGGAAGAGCCUCAUCAUACCCCAACCUUAAAUCACUUCAACUUCAUCACAAUCCACAAUGACUGGACGCGGCAAGGGCGGCAAGGGCCUCGGCAAGGGCGGUGCCAAGCGUCACCGCAAGAUUUUGCGUGACAACAUUCAGGGUAUCACGAAGCCUGCCAUCCGUCGUCUCGCACGUCGUGGUGGUGUCAAGCGUAUUUCUGCCAUGAUCUACGAGGAGACCCGUGGUGUCCUCAAGUCCUUCCUCGAGGGCGUCAUUCGUGAUGCUGUCACCUACACUGAGCACGCCAAGCGCAAGACUGUCACUUCUCUUGAUGUUGUCUACGCGUUGAAGCGCCAAGGCCGCACCCUGUACGGUUUCGGUGGUUAAGCGUCGUAUUUCUGCAUGUCUGUUACGAAUCUUUCUUGGGCCAUGACGCGAUCUAACCCACGACGCGGUGGUCCAUGCGGACUUUGGGAGUGGAGUGUUUUGUCACGAAUGAUCAUGGGUUUGGCUGGUUUGGGGUGUUCUACUGUACCAUACGGGAAAUGGGGUUCUAUACGGAUGGCUUGGUUGGCUUGAGACAUAAUCCCUCGCCGAGGCACGUUUUGAUCAAUUUUUCUCGGUU